AAUCACUGAAGGGACCAAAAUUGUAAUGCCCCGAAAAUGAAAGGACUUGAUGACGCCGUGAAUUCAUUUUUCCGACCAAAUCACACUUAACGAUUUAGGUGUAUCCAUCUUCUUCUUCUCCUCUUCUUCUUCUUAAUUUGGUCGCUAAAAAGUCUCUCGUCACCUCACUAUCACUGCUCCCAAUUCUUCAUCGGAUCUCUCCCACUCUCUCACUAUUUAAAUUCACUUCCCAAUAAAUCUAUACAGAUACUCUGAAUCGACCGGAAAAUCUCAGAUUCAAGCUGCACCACUACACCCGCGCUGGUUGGUUGAUUGAUUGAUUGAUUGAUACAACACAGAUGGCUUCACCAAUCGAUAUGCAUAAAUUGUUCAAGCCCUCUACCCCGCCGCCACAGCAGCAGCAUCCCAAUUCCAACCCUAAUCCGCCUCAGAGCUUCCCCAAUAACGUUGCCAAUACUAAUUCUAACCCUAAUUUGGCCUCCGCCCCUUUCCCGGUCCCAUCGGCCUCGUAUCCGCCGCCCACCGGCGCCGGAAGUGGGCCCUACUCUUAUUCCCCCCAGACGCCUCCGUACCAUUACCACCCGGUCUACACCCCCUACUCCAACCCCCCUCCACAUCAGGACUUUGCUAAUGUGCACCCUCAGAGGUCCAUGUCUUAUCCCACCCCGCCGCUCCAACCCCAACCGCAGUCCCCUAAUAGUAAUUUCCAAAACCCCCAAAACCCUAGCAAUCCAGGUGCUCGUUUGAUGGCGUUGCUGAGCGCGCCGCCAUCUACCUUAGAGGUUCCGCAGCCAAUGGCUCAAAUCCACCCCUCUUCCUCCUCGGCCUCCGAUUUUUCGAUGCCACAGGGCCCUGUAACGCGGAUGCCGAGUAGUAAGCUGCCCAAGGGGAGGCAUUUGAUCGGAAAUCAUUUGGUUUACGACGUAGAUGUUAGAUUGCCUGGAGAAGUGCAGCCUCAGCUUGAGGUCACACCCAUCACUAAAUAUGGGUCGGAUCCUGGGCUUGUUUUGGGGAGGCAAAUUGCGGUUAAUAAGACUUAUAUCUGUUAUGGUCUGAAGUUGGGGGCCAUCCGGGUGCUCAAUAUUAACACUGCUUUGAGAUCCUUGCUUAAGGGUCUAGCGCAGAGAGUCACAGACAUGGCUUUUUUCGCAGAGGAUGUUCACCUUUUGGCUAGUGCAAGUGUGGAUGGACGGGUUUAUGUGUGGAAAAUAACAGAAGGCUCAGAUGAAGAAGAUAAGCCUCAAAUUACUGGAAAGAUAGUUAUUGCCUUACAGAUUACUGGAGAGGGGGAUUCUCUCCAUCCUAGAGUUUGUUGGCACUGUCAUAAACAAGAAGUUCUUGUUGUGGGAAUCGGAAGACGUGUUCUGAAGAUUGAUACUACAAAAGUGGGAAAAGGUGAAAAGUAUUCAGCAGAGGAACCCCUUAAAUGUCCAAUUGAAAAGUUGAUUGAUGGUGUCCAACUUGUUGGCAGCCAUGAUGGAGAAAUAACUGACUUGUCUAUGUGCCAGUGGAUGACGUCUCGCUUGGUAUCGGCUUCAGUGGAUGGAACGAUAAAGAUUUGGGAGGAUCGCAAGUCAACUCCAAUUGCAGUUCUCAGGCCACAUGAAGGACAACCUGUCAAUUCCGUGACCUUUGUGGCUGCUCCUCAUCGCCCAGAUCAUAUCAUACUUAUAACUGGGGGCCCCCUGAAUCGGGAAUUGAAGAUUUGGGUUUCAGCAAGUGAAGAAGGGUGGUUGCUUCCUAGUGAUGCAGAAUCAUGGCAUUGUACCCAGACGUUGGAAUUAAGAAAUUCAGAGGGUCGACUAGAAGAAGGUUUCUUCAAUCAAGUAGCAGCCUUGUCACAAGCUGGCCUUCUUUUAUUGGCAAAUGCCAAGAGAAAUGCUAUUUAUGCUGUGCACAUGGAAUAUGGCCCUAAUCCAGCAGCAAGCCGUUUUGAUUAUAUAGCAGAAUUCACAGUCACUAUGCCAAUACUUAGUUUUACAGGGACAAGCGAAGUACGACCUCAUGGUGAACAAAUUGUUCAAGUAUAUUGUGUUCAGACACAGGCUAUUCAGCAGUAUGCUUUGGACUUGUCACAGUGUCUGCCACCCCCUACAGAGAAUGUAGUCUAUGAGAAGACAGACACUAGCGUCUCACGGGAUGCUGGAAGCAUUGAAGGGAUUGCUAGUGUGGAGCCUUCUGGCAGUAAACCAGCCGAGAUUUCUAUAUCUAGCACAGCUCCCAAGGCAAGCGUGCAUGAAAGUAGCUUUGAUAAUGCAUCGGCCGUUAGGUACGCUGUUGGUGCUGUUUCUGGUGAGUCACCAGUCACACAAGAGUUUGCUACCUCAAGUAUGGAGUCCAAACAAGUUAAUUUGUCCAGAGCUGCUAAUGAUACUGAUAUUUCUCUUGCCACUUCAACUCCACUCCCUCUGAGUCCCAGGGUUUCUAGAACUCUAUCUGGUUUUAGUCGAUCAAGCAGCAUUGAGCAUGGUUCGCCAGGUUCGGAGCAGAAAGUGAUUGAGUAUUCAGUGGAUAGACCAAUAGAUGGUGUUCAUGGAAACUUGCCUGCUGUUACUUCAUUGGGUGAUGAUUCACAAGAUGAUAUUUCUGCUGCUCCCAACCAUCCAAUCAAGUUCAAACACCCAACUCAUUUGGUAACUCCUGCUGAGAUAUUGAUGGCCACUUCGUCCUCUGAUGUUAACCACACAAUUGAGCCUCAAAGUGAGGGCGACCAUAAUAUUCAAGACGUGGUAGUUAGCAACGAUACAAGGAAUGUUGAGGUAGAGGUCAAAGUUGUUGGCGAAACAAACUUUAGUCCAAGUAAUGACAUUGGGCCCCGAGAAGAACUUGAGGCUUUUGUGCCAGAGAAUAGGGAUAAAAUCUUUUGCUCUCAAGCUUCUGAUCUUGGAAUGGGGAUGGCUCGGGAAUGCCGUGCCCUAUCGCCUGAAAUUUACGCUGUGGAGGAAGCUAGGCAGGUUAGUGGGACAGCUGGAACAGAAGCAGAUACCCGAUCCUCUACCAUAGUUGAAGAAGAAGGUCAUGACUCUGUAAAGGAUGUGAUUCAAAGGGAUGACGAUUCUUCAACUCCUCUGCCAGCUCAACCAACUGCACCAACUACGAAAGGGAAGAAGCAGAAGGGAAAGAAUGUGCAAGGAUCAGGCCAAUCUUCACAAUCACCUAGCGAGUCCAGUUCAACUGAUUAUCCUGUUGAACCAGGUGUUAGCUCUAGUACUCCUCAGCAGGAAACUGGAGUUUCACAAAUGCUUCCAAUGCAAGAGAUGCUGAAUCAGAUUGUAAGCAUGCAAAAUGAAAUGCACAAGCAAAUGGCAAUGAUGGUUGCUGUUCCAGUUACCAAGGAGGGAAAAAGACUUGAGGCAGCCUUGGGAAGGAGCAUGGAGAAAGCUGUCAAAGCCAAUUCUGAUGCUUUGUGGGCUCGUCUUCAAGAAGAAAAUGCAAAACAGGAAAGAGCAGCAAAGGAGCGUAUGCAACAGCUAACGAAUACAAUCAGCAAUUGCUUAAACAAAGACUUACCCGCUAUUGUGGAGAAAACUGUCAAGAGAGAACUGACCACAGUUGGGCAAUCUGUGGCACGGACCAUUACUCCGGCCAUUGAGAAAAUAAUUUCCACUUCUAUUACAGAGAGCUUCCAGAAAGGAGUUGGUGAUAAAGCUGUAAAUUUGUUGGAGAAAUCAAUCAGCUCGAAACUUGAAACUGUAGUUGCUAGGCAAAUCCAAGUUCAGUUUCAAACUUCUGGCAAGCAAGCUCUUCAGGACACCCUGAAAUCAAGCCUGGAAGUUUCUGUAAUCCCUGCAUUUGAGAUGUCAUGUAGGACCAUGUUUGAGCAGGUUGAUACAGCAUUUCAAAAAGGAAUGGUUGAACAUACGUCAGUGGCUCAACAACAAUUUGAGGCGUCACAUUCUCCGUUAGCCCUUGCACUAAGGGAUGCUAUAAAUUCAGCAUCAUCAAUGACUCAAACUUUGAGCAACGAGUUGCUUGAUGGCCAAAGAAAAUUGUUAGCUAUUGCUGUAUCUGGAGCCAAUUCUAAAGCUCCAAAUCUGUUAAGCCAACUAAGUAAUGGUCCUUUGGGUUCGCUCCAUGAGAAGCUUGAGGUUCCUCCUGACCCAACCAAAGAGCUAUCUAGACUGAUGGCUGAGCGCAAGUAUGAGGAAGCUUUCACUGCUGCCCUACAGAUGAGUGAUGUUAAUACCGUAUCAUGGUUGUGUUCUCAGGUUGACUUACCCGGAAUUUUGUCGGUGAAUCCUCUUCCUUUGAGCCAAGGUGUACUUCUCUCCCUUCUACAGCAAUUGGCUUGUGAUAUCAGCAAAGAUACACCACGGAAGUUAACAUGGAUGAGGGAGGUUAUGACUGCAAUAAAUCCAACUGACCCGAUGAUUGCAGUGCACGUACGCCCAAUCUUUGAGCAGGUGUAUCAGAUCUUGAAUCAUCAGCGCAACCUUCCAGCGAUGGGUGGUACUGAACUUGCCAAUAUUCGCUUGAUCAUGCAUGUCAUUAAUUCCAUGCUCAUGAGCUCCAAAUGAAUGAUGUGGGUUUAAGUGCCUAAAUCUUUUGCCUUUUUCACAGAAUGGUAGGAAGGAACAUAUAUAGCAGCAAGCAGUUUGUGUGAAUUUUAAGUAUGCAGGUUUUAAUGAGUUUUUCCAUAUGCAAUUUUGUAAUGUGUACACUGUCAUCUUUCAUUUGUUUGUUAUAUAUGCAAUGAAGGGUUGGAGUAA